UACUCCGUCUGGCGUGCACAUCGCGUCUGAGUGUCUCUACCGAAACGAUCGAUAACAGCUGUCAAUAAACUCGCGUAGUCCGAUUUCAAAUAGCUGGAAUUGAAUACAUUUAGAAUAGAAAAGUAUUUGCCAUUUAUUUUUUCAUAUUCAAUUGUGACCGUUGGGGUCAAGUGUAGUUUCGGUCGGGUCAAUGUAUAUAGACGCGUUUAAACGUCUCCUCGUUGAACGGCUAAAUUGCUUGAAAAGAAUGUGUAUAUGUCAGCGCCAAGGCAGCUCUUUUGCUAUGUCUAAGGCAGCCGUGAGGAAGCUGCACUGGCGCUCCAAGGUCCAGGAGAGCUUCAUCCCCCUGGUUGGUUCCUCUGGGGAACUGGGGGUGGCGGUGGGUGGCGGAGCUGACUAUGGAGAGUUCCCAUUCGUCACCUCAGCCCCCGGGGGCGGGUUCACAGUGGGCGACAUCAUCCUAGAGAUUGGGGGUACCCCUGUGUUAGGGAUGACACUAGGAGAUGUCCGGGGGGUCCUUAACUCCUGCCUCCAUCCCAUCUGCAUCAAGACGGUCUCACCAGGCUCUGCCUUGUGUAAGGACCUCAGGCUGUAUCUGAGUAAGUGCUUCACUCCAGGCUCCAUGGACAGCCAGCUUCAGCAGGUCAUCCGGGAGAACCUCUACCUCCGAGCAGUGCCUUGCACGACCAGACUGCCCCAUGAUGGGGAGAUCUCAGGGGUGGACUACAACUUUGUCUCCAUAGAAGAGUUCUUCUCUUUGGAGGAGUCAGGAGCUCUUCUGGAGAGCGGCAAGUUCAAAGGGAACUACUACGGCACCCCCCGGCCAGUACACAUUGGUCCAGAGAGUCCUCCCAUCACCUACCAGGAACACCGCAACCUGCUCCGGAACUUCCGAACACGCAGCAAGUCGCUUAGCAACCUGGAGAAAGCAGCCGAGGAGGGGGAGAACAGCGAGGAAGAUUCUGGCCUGUCAGGCAGGUUUACCAAAGACAGACUGUCCCGUGGAUUAGUGGGUAUCAGCAAUGCACAUCCCGUCUCCUUGUCCAGAGGGUCCAUUGGAGGGGAUGGCAGUGCCAUGGAGAAUGGCCAUGGCAGCACCCGUUCCAGGGUGCGAGCAGUGAUGCCUAAAAACUGGGAGGUGGCCUACAGCGACUCAGGAGAGCCUUUCUACAUAGACCAUAACUCCAAGAUGGCCAGCUGGCAGGAGCCUCGUGCACAGAGCAGCAGAGAGACAACGCUUGACAAAAAUACAUUACCAGGGUUCACAGACGAGCCAGGGGAGCUGAGGGGUUUCUCUAUCCACACACGCUUCUCUAAAGGUCCCAGGGGGUUUGGUUUCAACAUUGUGGGGGGCAGCAGAGCCAGGGAGUUCCUUCAGGUCUACAGUGUCACGCCAGGGGGACCUGGAGCUCUCAACACAGCAGAUAUCCUGGUUUACAUCAACGGCGUCUGUGUCCUGGGAACGUCCCACAAAGAAGUGGUAGAGAUGCUGAAGGCAGUUCCUGUGGGCCACAGUGUGGACAUGGUCCUCCGGAGGGGAUACCCCAUGCUCUACAACCCCGACGGCUGCCCCAAGCAGCCCCAUCCUGGGUUCACCGACAUCUGUGACCCCUUCCUCCCACCCACCACCACCCAGCCCCAGCCCUCACACCAGCGCCUCCCCCUCCUCCGCCCAUCCACAGCCCCAACCCAGACCCAGUAUCAUAAUCUCAACGGGGUCCUUUCUCACCACAAUGAGGUGGGUUAUAUGGGUCCAGGAGUGAGGCCAGGACUGGAUGCCAAUGGGAAUGCCACCUCCACAGCUACCCAACCACCAUCCUCUUACAGACACUCCAGCGGUCAUCUUGCUCACUCCGCUGACCCACCCUCGUACAGACGAUCCAGUCGCUACCUAUCUGAUUCCACUUCCCCUACACCACCCUCAUACAGACAAUCCAGUGGUAGCAUCACUCCCACCACCCCCCCGGUCCGCCCGCCCCGCUCACUGAGGGGCCUCGCCCACCUGCAGGCCACUGACAACUGCCAGAGUGACAGCGAAGUGGUCUCAGCCAUCGGCUCACACAGGGCAUUCAUGAUCCGUAACCACAACAAUAACUCCCUCUCUACCCCCCCUCAGCCCCUGCGUUACAGAACCUCUAAGAGUGACCUGUCUGAGAGCGCCCUGUCCACCUCCUCCACCCUCCCUGUGUCCAGACUGCCCAUGCCCCAGUCAGAGACACCCCGUCUGUCGUCCUCCCCUGGUGGAGGGGCGUACUCCCGCCUCAUCAGGCCCCAGGCCUCCCUGCUGAGACCCCCUCCCACCCCUGACAGCCCCCACCUCAGCUUCAAUGGCUUCCAUGGCAAUACAAGCGGCAGCGGCAGCCCCAUAAGCAUCUCGUCUCCCGGGGCGAUGAGUCUGGGCAGUGGCUUUGGGGUGGGAGGUGGAGGGGAGCUGGUGCCAGUGGCCCUGGCUCAGUGUGAGGGUGGAGGGGGAAUGGGUUUCAGUGUGAUGGCCGGGGGACAGGGGGGCAGGCUGGCCCUUGUCAAGAGGGUCUGGGACAGGAAGCAGUGCUCCUCCCUACAGCCAGGGGAUGCCAUCAUGAAAAUCAACGGAGCAGACGUCCAGAGUCUCAGCUUUGCACAGGUACAACAGGUUCUCCAGGAACACACCAAACAAGGAGAAGUGGUCUUAUUGGUUCACAGAAGAGGUUCACACCGUUCUUCCAUCUCCCCCAACUCUAUGCAAAGAGUCCCCUCACCACUCCUCUGCCCCCAUCCUCCACCCGUGACGUCAGACUACAAUCCUUCACCCCCUGCGGACGUCCUGAUCCUACCCCGUCCCUCCUCCACCCCUCCUCCCCCGGCCAUGGUGCGCUCCUCUCUGGUCCAGAGCACCAGUUUCCUGGAGUCAGUCCCAGUCACCCUCACCAUGGAGCCCAAAGACUGGCUGAACGAGGGCAUGGAGGAUGAGGGGGACAGGGAGGUGGUGAUCCCAAGACCAGGGCAGGAGGGAGGGGGACGGAACCGUGUGCCCCGGGGGUUUGAUGUGGAGCUGAGGAGGAAGCCAGGAGAGGGGUUCGGAUUUGUCAUCGCUUCAGAGGAUGUAGAGAACAGGAAAGCCACCUCGCUCCUCCCUCACCGGUUCGUGACGGUGCGUCGGGGCAGUCCUUCGGCGAGGAGCGGUCAGAUCCGACCCGGUGACCGGUUGGAGGCGGUCGAUGGGCGUUCUGUGGUGACCCUACCCCACCGGGAGCUCGCCCAUAUCCUGCGCCGAGCUGGAAACACCCUACGCCUCACCAUCAUCCCCCGUCCUAGCACAUACUCAUCCAGCCUAUCAGAGACCGCAGACUAUGACCCCAAUUACAGAAGCAGAAAAGGGCACAGGUCACGACCCAAGCAUGACUCUAGGUAUUACAGUGUGGAUCUAGACCGCGGCCCAACAGGUUUUGGGUUCAGUCUGCGGGGGGGGGAUGAGUACAACAUGAGUCUGUACGUACUGGGACUGAUGGAGGGAGGACCUGCCUCACGCAGCCACAAAAUACAGGUAAGCGAUCAGUUGGUGGAGAUCAAUGGGGACAGCACAGCAGGGAUGACCCACAGCUUGGCUGUAGAGCAGAUACGCAGGGGAGGACACCGCAUACACCUGGUGCUAAAGAAAGGCAACGGAUACGUACCCGAUUACGGCCGUGAGCGCAGAGUCACCUCCCCCUUCCUCCCACUGCAGCACCCCGAGGAGCAGAGUGUGGCUGCAGUAGACCUGGCCCGCCGGACGAGCCGCAGCUACAGGUCCAAGGUGAAGAAGCGGGGGAGGUCUUCGAAAGGGAGAGAAAAGAAGAAGAAAGGAAGCAGGUCAGGGAGAGGCAGAAGCAGCAGCUCAGAGGGAGAGGAAGGAGCAGGGGAAGUGAGACACAGCCCUGAUUCAGACCCUGGUCCUGAGAGACAGGAGGAGGAGGACAGUGAGACAGGAGGCAGCGGCCUGAGAGAGAGGACUCAGGUGAGAGGGAGGGAUAGGAGGAGGAAGAACAGGAACAAGGGAGGCUCUCACAGUUUACCCAGAGAUGCCCUGAGGAAACGUAACAACGAUAACAUACACAUAGAGGCAGAGAGGGGGGAUGAGAGAGGGAGGGAGAGAGAGAGGAGGAGAGAGAGAAAAAGGAAAAGCAGGAGUGAUGAGAGGGUCAGGAAGAGGGAGAACAGUGGGAAAACAGAGGAAGAGGAGGAGGUGAAGGAAAGAGAGGAGAAGAAGGAUAUGGAGGAAGAAGAUGUAGAGGAGGUAGAUGCUUAUCUCCCUAUUACUAACAAAAGGCUGCCCAGGCCCAAGCAAGACUGGGAGGAAGAGGAUGUGGAAGAGAGGGAGAGGAAAAGGAGAGAAUGGGACAUGGAAAGAGAAAGGGAGUUGGAGAGUGAGAGAUUGAGGGACAGAGAGUGGGAGAGAGAGGAUGGGAGGUUGAGGGAGAUAAAGUGGGAGAGGAAGAGGAUAAAUGAUGAGGAAAGAGAAAGGUCUCAGUCCCUGAACAACCUGCUCUCCUUGGAGUCUCAUGUGGCCUCUCCACUACAGAGAGAUCCCUUCUCCUUCCUAACUCCCUCCUCUGAGCUGGAGCAUGCAGAGUCAGUAACCAGCCACUCAGAUGGCAGUGUGUAUGCUGCCAGUGUCUCUGGCCUCUCGCUGGCCCUCACAGAGGGGUCUGUUCUGGGGACCCCGGCCCUGCUGCUCCCAGGCCCCUGGCUCAAACCCAGCCAACAGAGGAUCACUGAGGUCAUACAGGAGAACAGGCUUGCAGGAGAACUGAGAAAAAGAGGGAGGGGAAGAGGAGUCAUGGAAGAAUCGGGAAUAUAGAUAGCAAAGCAAAAUUAUACAUGCUGUUUGAGGAAACGGUUAUCAAAUCAAGGGUUCAUGAUCAAGAAGAGUACCAAACUGUAUCCCCUCUUUUUAAACUAUACUCAACACAGUUGGUUUUAUUGUGACGCUUUUGAUAUGUCAUAUUAUUUAGUAAUAUUCUUUGUGCCUUUUGACAGCUGGUUUCUGACUGAUGUUACUGUUGACAAUGUCCACUUGUAAAUAUUUGAAGAUGUUCCAGUGGAACAGAAAUCAGUUUCUCUCCUCUCCUCUGGGGAAAUCCCCUAGUCCACCUUAUGAAUACAGCACCUUUCUCUGCUCUCCUUCAGGAGUUGCAAUAGAAUUGUCCUCCUGCAGUUGUUAGGAACUGGCAUGGUCGUUCUCUCUGUAGUGACACGUGCCAGUGUACUUAAGUAUUGGAGUUUCAGUUCCCUUCCACUGUAGAUAGAGAGACAGCAUAAUACCUCAUGAUACUGAGCAAUAAUAUGCAACACACCCAGGCUACACUUUGCCCAGGGAAUGUGAAGGGAAGGGGUGGUAUUGUAUGGUACCUGCGACUCCUUCUACUGUCCAUCCAACUGUUCUGACAUAGAUGCUGUUCUGUGUGUUCAUUUGAUUGUGAUGACUUUCAGAGGACCGUGACUUUGUGCAAUCUGUAUACUAAAUAUUUGUAUUAAAUACAUAUCUCAAUGCUAUUGUAUAUACAAUAUUUAAUGGAGCCCUGAUUCGCAUUGUUGGUACUGUGAAAUAUAAUAAUACAUAUAAAAGAUAAAGGCUACUGACAACAUUUUAAUCAAUAUUAUAGACUUGUGAUUUCAUGUUUAUUGAAAUGAAUGUUGUGAUAUUGGUUAAGUAUCAGGGUGAACCCUUCUAUCAAACAAAUCUUACCAAAGUCAUACAGCAUGCAUACAUAUUUAUAUUGUCAAAGUGUCAUUUCCUGGAAGUAAGAACAGAGCCACUAUCCAUUCUACAGUAGUGGUGGGGAGUUGACUCCAAAAGAGUUGAUUCCUUGACCACAGAGAGUCAGAGUCGACUCUUAAAAUCCCAACAGGGUCUGACUCCAGCAGAUACCUUAUCACCUCACUGACGCUGUGAGACAUACGAGAUGAGACAGGAGGUCGAAGGGCGCCAGAUAGGAUUGUAAAUGUUACCGCCACCAAUAGCAUGGGUACACACCCAACAGUGUGCGUGGUGUCUCUCUUGUUGUGAUGGUGUGUUUUGUCCUAUAUUUUUAUUUGAUUUUGUAUUUUUAAUCCCAGCCCCCGCAGGAUGUCUUUUUCCUUUCGGUAGGCCGUCAUUGUAAAUAAGAAUUUAUUCUUAACUGACUUGCCUAGUUAAAUAAAGGUUCAAUAAAUAAAAACAUACUAGCUAGCUGCACAAGCAACCGUGGUUAACACUACUCCCUGGACCAGAGCUAGUUUUCACAGACCGAACGGCGUCAGCGCACAUCAUCUGCAGCCGGAUGCUUCAAAACAUCAUAGAGUCGUUCAGAAAGAUGUGCCGUGGGAACUAGGCUGAUGUUGGCUACUGGUUAAGCCUAGAAUAUUUUGGUAAUUAGAUAGUGUCAAAUGGCUCCAUAUGCAUUGCUAAUAAAUCACCCAGUCCAGCGCACACACUCUGACAAUGCAGCUGUAGCUAAUUUGAGCUCAUUUUGAAGUGUUUUGUCAAAUUGAAGUCGGGAGUCGAGAAAGAGUCGACUCCAACCGCUCUGAUAGCAGGAGUCGGAGUCGGAUUCAACUCCCAAAAUCCCGGAGUCGUUCACCACUACUCUUAACUUGCAGUUGCCUUGGUAACCAAACCCAUACUGAACCAUUAAGCUGGCUCAUACUGUGUAUGUGGCAUUUGGAUAAUGAACGAGUAGUGGGUGUGUCGUUAUAGUCCCCUGUCAUGACUAAAAUGAUCAAACAUCUACGUAUUUUUCCUGUCUAUUGAUCUUCAGUAAAAAAACAGCCAACGACUCCUGACAUUGAGUUAUCUGAAUAAAUAAAGGACAAUAUAUUAAAUCAAUCUGUCAUUGCUUUGCCAAACAAUUGGCAGACAGUUGUAAGCCAGUUAUGGGAGUUAGGGCCCAAAUAUGAUAUUUUUGUACAGAUGUAUUUUUUAAAUCCCCAGGUAUUGAGAUAUAUAAUCGAUAAACCAAUAUAUAUUAAGUUAAAGGUCUGAAAACUAAAUACAGGAAGACACAUAUUGCUUUCAAUUGACAUUCUAUUCAAGACAUUUGGAGAUGACGCUGUAUGUAUUCAAUUAUCUGACCCACCAAAACAGUGGUGUGAGGGAAGCAACUGAGUAUGUAUAAAUUAUGAUGUUGUCUAAUUUUAGAUACAGUUUUUACAUUCUUUUUCUCAUGCCAAUGGGAAAAAAGCAGAGGUGUCACAUCACAACUGUCACAGCACGUCUCCAGUGUUAACCAGAAUAUGAAUCAAUUAUUACACAUCAGCACAUGACUACCGAACCAGUCCAGUUAAGCUCCAUUUUUUUAUUGAGACUGUUGUUGUUACUGUUGUAACUUGUUUUUCAAUUGCUUCAUUUUUUUUUAUUGAGACUUGUUGUUACUGUUGUAACUUGUUUUUCAAUUGCUUCAUUUUUUCAUUUUCCUAAAGAAGAUAAUAGCCAAUAAAUUGUUAACAAACUUAAAAUAAACUGCUAAUAAAAUAUUUAUAUUACGUUA